UUUUUUUUUUUCUUCUUUUUUUUUCUCACACUUUUUAUAUAUAAUAACAACAAUAAACGCGUUCUUAUUAUUAUGUCUGCUAAGCCUAUUACUAUUGUUUGUUUGCCUGGUGAUGGUGUUGGUCCUGAAGUCGUUGGUGAAGCCGUCAAAAUCCUUAAUGUUAUUUCUGCACAUCGUUCCAAGGCUCUCAAUGUGGAAUUCAAAUUUAUUAAUGAACUCAUUGGUUUAGCAGCUCUUGAAAAAACUGGCGAACCUCUUCCUGAUUCUGCUUUGGAAGCUUGUAAAAAUGCGGAUGCUAUUUUACUUGGAGCUGUAGGUGGACUUCCCAAUGCUCAAAUUGGUAGUGGACCUCGACCUGAACAAGGAUUACUCAAAUUACGUAAAUCUUUGGAUCUUUAUGCUAAUCUUCGACCUGUCACGUUUGCUUCAGACAGUCUUUUACCUUUAUCGCCUUUGAAAGAUCAUGUGGUGCAAGGUACGGAAUUUGUAUUUGUACGUGAAUUGGUAGGUGGUAUUUAUUUUGGUGAUCGUCAAGAAGCUGGUGAAGAUGGCAAGGCUUAUGAUACUUUACCUUACUCCCGUGAAGAAAUCCAACGUGUCACUCGUUUGGCUGCCCUUUUGGCUCAAAAACAAACACCUGUAGGUCAAAUCCAUUCCAUUGAUAAGGCAAAUGUGUUGGCUACCUCUCGUCUCUGGCGUACCACUGUCACUGAAACCUUGACCAAGGAAUUCCCUGAUAUCAAGUUCGAUCAUCAUUUGGUGGACUCGGCUGCCAUGGCCAUGGUGCAAAAUCCAAAGAAACUCAAUGGUGUAGUAUUGACAGAAAACAUGUUUGGUGAUAUUCUUUCUGAUGAAGCCUCUGUGAUUGUUGGUUCCCUUGGUCUUUUGCCUUCUGCCUCCUUGAAUGGUUUACCUGAUGGAAAGAGCAAAUGUGUUGGUUUAUAUGAACCCAUCCAUGGUUCUGCUCCUGAUAUUGCCGGUCAAAAUAUCGCCAAUCCCAUCGCCACUAUUCUUAGUGUCGCUCUUUUGUUACGUUAUUCCCUUGGUUUUGAACAAGAAGCUCAAGCUGUUGAACAAGCUGUACGUCAAGUCUUGGAUGCCAAUAUUCGUACUCGUGAUCUUCAUGGGGACAAUACUACUACUGAAGUCGGGGACAAGGUGGCCGAAGCUUUGGCUGGACUUUUGGAAAAAUUAUAGAAAUAGUUGGAUUGGUAUGUACGGAUAGUUUUAUUGUACAGUUUAUGGAUAUUGGUUUAAAAAAAAAAGCGUGUUAUCAAAUCAUUGAAUAAAAUAUGUGUUUAUACUAU